CGUUAGGAGUGCGCGUUAGGUGUGUGAUUCCGCUAGGUUGCCUGUUGACUAGUAGAAAAGAAAUCGAAGUGGGCCAUUGUUUUUAGUUUGGCGUGGAAGUUUUUAAGUGUUUCUCUUUAGAUUUUUUUUCGUGAAACUGAAUUUAAGUGAAUUAAAUUUUAAAAUUCUAAAUCAGUUUAAGAAAGAUGCCGGCUCUUAAUGUGGGACAUAUAACCACACCGGAACCCCAUUACAUUCCAGGUUAUACCGGAUAUUGUCCCCAGCUGAUGUAUCGAAUUGGCAAUACGUACUCGUCACUGUCUCACAAGUUGCUACUGGAUCCAUCAGUGGCUCACUCGGAAAAGUUGAUACUAUCCAAUCGCUCAACCGAUGAAUAUCAGGUGCACCGUCCAACUCUGAAAGAGAUUGAUGCCACAGGAACUAUCAUCCCUCGACAUGAAGAUGAAGAUUUACGUGAUACCAUCUACCAGAAGCCUCUGAUGCCUGGCUACGAAGGAUAUAUCCCGCGAACGCAAAGCAAAUUUGGCCGACGGUAUGCCGUCGUGACUAGCGAAGGAUUGAACGAGUUCGAACGGGAUUGGCUGCACACCAGAGCCCAGAUGAAGAAACUACGCCAUCGGGUGGCACAACCUAUAUCGACUAUUUCUGAAUUCAGCUCAGGGGAAAGGAUGAAGUUCCAUAAAAACGAUUACCGUUUCCCGCUGGAGGCCACCAGGCCGGAUGCCCUAGGAGUUUGUAAGGAGGUUCCCGUGGAAAAUCUGCCACUGCUUCCAGCGCUGCCGUAUAGCCAACACACCCCGCCACAUUUUAUGGAGAAUGACAACGAGCAAAAGUAUACUAAAUUAGGUUACACCGGUCACAAACCGUUUUUGUGGCCACGCUUUGGCGAACCGAACGUAGCGCUUACGAAAAAAGCAUUGUGCGACUUUACCAACAGCUAUCAACACCGCAGAAGCACCGAAUGGGUACCGAUUGCCCCUGCAGGCACUGGAACCUGUCAGCCGAGUGCUGCCGUGCAUGAGAUCUAUAUGAAAAAUAUUGGAUUGGUGCCUAGCUACAAGGGACACGUACCAGGAGCGAUGUUCAGAUAUGGCAAAACAUUUGGCAAUGAUAGCAAGAAUGCAAAGAAGUGCUUGAAGAAAUGCUAUGAUGAUUAAACAAAAGACCGCUCCAAGAGCUGCCAUCUGCAUAAACGUAGUAAUGUUGAGUUUUAAUAAAAAACUGACCAGUUAUCAAA